CUCGGCUUCCUUACACAGCGUGCGUUUCUCUCAAUGACAUUCUGAGCUUUCAUAAGGCUAUACACUUCAGCAGGCUGUAAAGAUGUCAUUAUCCUUUUUAUUCAGGACAUUUACAAGAGAAGCUGCUAAAGUCAGCCAUCUGCAACAUGUUCAGUCAAUACACACAGGAUGUCAGCUCCUGGCAGCAGAGAAAGCCCUUCUGAUGAAACUGAGGAAAAGCACCGGCUACACUUUUAUUAACUGCAAGAAAGCACUGGAGAAGUUUGACAAUGACAUAGCACAGGCAGAGACUUGGCUACAUGAGCAGGCCCAGAAGGAGGGCUGGAGCAAAGCAAACAAGCUGGAGGGUCGCAAAGCCAAGGAGGGUCUGAUUGGUCUAUUUGUGGGAGACAAAGCUGCAGUAAUGGUGGAGGUUAACUGUGAGACAGACUUUGUUGCUCGCAAUGAGAAAUUUCAGCAGCUGGUGAAAGAUGUGGUAUUUGCCGCAUUAGCUCAUCACAAAAACAAAACACAAAGCCAGGAAGGAUAUGUUAAGAGCAUCCUGGCCACUGAUGAUUUAAGUAAACUCAGUGUGGGAAAUGGAGCUUCACUUGCUGAUCAUGUGGCUCUAACAAUAGGUCGUCUUGGUGAGAAUAUGUCAGUGAGGAGGGCAGUGAUGGUGGGCAUCCCUGCUGAGUGGUGUAUUGGCUCAUAUGUACACGGCAGCGUUCCCGGUCAGACUGAUGUGGUGAUGGGGCGCUAUGGUGCCCUGGUUGUAUUUCAGGGUGGGAAGAACGAAGAAAGGGAAGCGUUAGGAAGGAAGCUGGGACAGCACAUAGUGGGGGAGGCCCCUGUGUCCCUGGGCAACAUGGAUGACCUGCCCUGUGGUGAGAGUGAGACCCGCCUGCUGCCUCAGACCUUCAUGGGAGACCCGAGUAGAACAGUGGCCCAGUUCCUCAGGGGUCAAGAGGCUCGAGUGCUGGACUUUGUCAGAUUUCACUGUGGUGAGAAUGUCAGUGAAGAAGCAGAUUGACAGAGGGAGAAUAUGUAUUUAAAUAAUUUUUCUUGUGUCAAUAUGUAAUAUCAUACAAAGAUGAAAUACUAAUUUUCCACCAACUGUUAAACAUUCAGACAAUACUACAGUGUGGUCAUGAGUUUGAAAUCAGAUCAUUUAUAUCCAUCAGCACAAAUGAAAUCAGUCCAACAAUAAAAUGUUUUAUGUCUGGAAA